UUAAACGUAUUACAGCAGCCAUGAAGUGUUUUCCAUCAGUAAGUGUGAUUUUAUUGUUAAGUCUAGAUUGUGUUGGUGCUAUAGUAUACUUCUUCAUGGAAGACAACUGUAAUGGCGUUGUGGACAUCUCUUACAUUGAUCAAAUACGACUGCAGCUAACACGACACAAUUCAUACAGGGCAAAUAUGAACUGUAAACUACUAAUUACUGCCAACACAACGGACCGUUUGAUGCUUUUCUUCAAGGACUUCGGUGUCGAAACAAGUGCUUCAUGUAACCUUGAUUAUCUUGAAGUUCAUGAUGGCAACAGUAUAAACUCACCGUUUGUACCAGGACUAUCAAAUAGGCAGUGUGGAAGUUACAUGAGUAGCUCUGUAAGGAAAACAAGCGGCAAUUAUCUUUUCCUCUACUUUCAAAGUAGUAGUAUUCGACAGGAGAGAGGGUUUGACAUGAUCAUCACUCAGUAUUAUACCGGUAAAUGUCACGAGGAUGAGUUCUCGUGCAGUAAUGGACGCUGCGUCUCUUCCGGUUUGGUGUGUAACGGGUACAAUCCAUGCGGGGAUUAUUCUGACUGUACCAGUGAGCUUGCCACCGGAGUCAUUAUUGGCAUUGCCGCCGGAUCCUUUGUCUUUGUCAUCUGUGUUUUGUAUUUGAUAUUGAUUUACCGCCGACGACGACGCCAAAAUUACGAAUUGAUUGAAUAAAAUGACACCGAAGUGGUCUAUGUCAGCCAACAGCAAGAUUUAUAUACUAAAUUGUACGUCUGGGUCUGCGGUUUCUGCAGCGGAUAUUCAUUUGACUCAAGUCCGAUACAGAAUCCAAGAUGGCGUCCAUGAUGGCUGCUAAAAGCGCCGAUCAUCUAGAAUAUUCAUGUUGGCUAUUUUUGUUUCCAUAUUAUUGUAUUUCAAAUAAAAAACUGCACACAA